UGCGCAAGUAAGCUGGCCUUUUCAGCAGCGGUCUGGCCUGUCCCAUUUGGGACAUUCGGGAGAAGAAAUGGCAGCAACUGAAAACAAAAUGGAAGAGAUAAAUCCUGUGUUAAGAAUAAGUCAACUGGAUGCUAUUGAAUUAAACAAGGCAUUAGAGCAAUUAAUCUGGUCUCAAUUUAACAGUUGUUUUCAGGGAUUUAAACCAGGACUUUUGACUCGCUUUGAACCAGAGAUUAAAGCCUUUUUAUGUCUUUUCUUGUGGAGAUAUACCAUUUACACCAAGAAUGCUACAGUGGGACAGGCCAUUUUAAAUAUGCAGUACAAGAAUGACUUGGAGGCAACAAAGAAUUACAGGCCUUUGAAUAAACAGCAGAAAGUUUGGUUUGCACUCUUCAUGGUUGGUGGCAAAUGGCUCGAGGAGAGAUCCUUUGACCUAUUCAGUAAUCACCCUUUUGGGGCUUCGUUUCAGAGGACAAAAUAUUUUCUUAAUGCCAUAUCUGGUCUUCUGAAGUUUGGAGCCCUCUUAAAUUUUUUGAUUUUUCUACAGCAAGGAAAGUUUGCUACUCUGACCGAGCGUCUUCUAGGGAUACGGUCUGUUUUCAGCAGACCUCAAGAUGUCCGUCAGGUUGGAUUUGAAUACAUGAACAGAGAAAUUCUGUGGCACGGAUUUGCUGAAUUUCUUAUUUUUCUUCUUCCUCUCAUAAACACGCAGAAAUUAAAAUCUAAGUUGUUUUCUUGGUGUAAACCUGCUAAAGGCCACAGCCUCAGUGAUCCGUCUUUGGCUGUCAUUUGUAAGGAAUGUUGCCUGUGUGGAGAAUGGCCCGCUAUGCCUCAUACCAUUGGCUGCUCUCAUGUCUUUUGUUACUACUGUAUAAAAAGCAAUUAUAUGGCUGACAUGUAUUUUACAUGCCCGAAGUGUAGCUCACAGGUGCAUAAUCUGCAGCCCCUGGAAUUCAAAAUUGAAAUAUCUGAAGUGCACACCUUGUAGAAUAAAUUGAAGGGCAAAUGUGAAAUCUUUUUGUUUACAUUGAAGCUGCUUAUUGCAUAAACUGCAUUUCUUCUCUGCUCCUUUGAAUUUUACAUUUAAUGGUAAUGGUGCACAGGGAGACUUUGUCCUUGUAGUGCAGUGAUCCCCAACCACUGGCUUGUGAGCUACAUGUUACUCACUAACCCCUUUGAUGUUGUUCCCAGUGGCCUCAAAGUAGGUGCCCAUUUUUGAUUGCUGACAUAGUAGUAUUGGUGGCACAAACACCACGUGUACUGCCAAAUAGAGCCCCUGUAGUCUGCCAGUCCACAUUGGGCUACCAAAUAACUAAUCACAGCCCUUACUGGGCACGCCCUAGGAACUUUUCCAUGCUUGCUUUGUACCCUAAACUUUUAUAAUUUAAAUGUUGCUCACAGUGCCGGAUUUAUCUUCUCCAAAAUUAUCUAUCUCUCUAAUUUAUCUAUGUCAAAAUUAAACAAUAUUGUGCCGCCCCGACAUUUCUGCCACCCUAGGCCCGGGUCUUUGUGGCCUCUCCACAAAUCCGGGCCUGGUUGCUCGCAGAUUAAAAAAAAAAGGUUGAUGACCCUUGUUAAAGUGAUUAGUAACUAUGUCCUGGGGACUAAACUUGCAACAAAAUCACCAUUCACUGUUUUUUUUACAGUUGCCUUUGAUUAGUACUGCUCCAUCAUCUCAUACACUCACCUAAAGGAUUAUUAGGAACACCAUACUAAUACCCUUCUCUGACCUCUAGCAUCAACAUAGCAUCAACAAGGCAUUUUCGCCCACAGGACUGCCGCAUACUGGAUGUUUUUCCCUUUUCACACCAUUCUUUGUAAACCCUAGAAAUGGUUGUGCGUGAAAAUCCCAGUAACUGAGCAGAUUGUGAAAUACUCAGACCGGCCCGUCUGGCACCAACAACCAUGCCACGCUCAAAAUUGCUUAAAUCACCUUUCUUUCCCAUUCUGACAUUCAGUUUGGAGUUCAGGAGAUUGUCUUGACCAGGACCACACCCCUAAAUGCAUUGAAGCAACUGCCAUGUGAUUGGUUGAUUAGAUUGGUGCAUUAAUGAGAAAUUGAACAGGUGUUCCUAAUAAACCUUUAGGUGAGUGUAUAUACAUGCUAGUUAACUCUGUUAUUGUAUAUGUGGAACGUUUGUCCUAUGUAUUCAGUAAUAUGUGCCAAUUUCUCUCUUUUUAGGGGGGGGGGUGCUAAUCAAAUUAAGUAGGGAACGUUUUCUUUAAUAUUUGAAGAUAAUUAAAUAAUUGUAUCAUCUUCUAAUUGUGUUUUAACUGUGAACUGAUGAUCAAUUUAUGUCAGAUUUAUCAGCUAAUUUGCAGUAUUUUAGACAGAUAUAGGAAUUGGGAUGGGACAGUAACGAGUUAUCCUAGUAUCCCUCAUCUAACAUAGCAAUAGGGGUGCAGAACGGUGUAACCUAAUGUAAAACAAGUAUGAACUGAAAUAAAGAACCAAAUAUUAAUAUCUGAAAAUAAUUUUACCUACUAAUUGUGAUUUUAACUGUGAAAUAAUAUUUUGCAAGUGUACUAUACAAAAGCAAUUCAUGUCAGAAUUGUCAGUUCAUUUGCAGUACUUUUAAAUUUAGAUGUAGGCACUAGAAGGGAACAGUGCAUAUGUUUUGGGGCUCAAACGUCCAGUAUCCCUCAGAUAGGGAGGUUUUAGUUUUGGCAUUACAGUAGCACCUGGGUUAAACAAUGGGUUCAAUACCUAGGGCUCAUGUUGGAUGCAUUUUGCCUAUUUAAUCAGUACAGUACUUUGAAACAGGAAUUUCAAUUUCCAGUUUUUGUUUUUUUUCAAGCAGUUUUGCAAAGUUCAUCAAAUUCCCUUCCCUAUUACAGGUAUGAGACCUGUUAUCCGGAAUGCUCGGGACCUGGGGUUUUCGGGAUAAGGGAUCUUUCCAUAAUUUUGAUCUCCAUAGCUUAAAUCUGCUAAAAAUAAUUUUAAUAUUGAAUAAACCCAAUAGGCUUGUUUUGCCUCCAAUAAGGAUCAAUUAUAUCUUAAUUGGGAUCAAGUACAUGUACUGUUUUAUUACAGAGAAACAGGAAAUCAUUUUUAAAAAUGUGAAUUAUUUGCUUAUAAUAGAGUCUAUGGGAGAUGGCCUUUCUAUAAUUCGGAACUUUCCAGAUAAGGGAUCCCAUACCUGUAUAUAGGAUAAAAUCCUUCUCUGUAAACCUAAAACACAUCAAUUAGGUUUAAGGGAGGGCCAUGUUUAUACAGAGCACAUUAUGUCUAUUGGUAAACACAAACAUGAUUAGUUUGUACAUUGUAAUUAAAUAGAUAUAUUCCAAGAAAAUAUGAAGUUUAUUAAAGAAAUGGGGAACACAUUUUCAGUGCAAGUGCUUUUAAUUUGGCUCUUGUUCCGUGUAGGUGUAUAAUAACAUUUAUAAGGAGAAAUAACUGCUUUUUAAGAUUGUAAAAUACCAUUAUACAUGAUAGGCAUUUCUAAUUUAUUAAUAAAUGUCAAAUAAGUAUUUUUUUGUAUGUAAAUAAUGAAUAAAUUAUGUUGUAAAA